AUGUCUUGCUCCAUGGAGUCCUACAGACCCUACGGGGUGACCUGCCCUCAGCCAAUUGCCGAGAGCUACAAUGAGCCAUGCGUGCAGCAGUGUCCCCCCUCCAGAGCUGUGAUCAUCCCCCCGCCGGCAGUGGUGACAGUCCCGGGCCCUGUGCUCAGCUCUUUUCCUCAGGAGAGCAUUGUGGGAUCCUCGGGCCCAGCCACUCUGGGGGGCUCCUUCAGCUCCCGAAGCUCCCUGGGCUAUGGGGGCCCCUUUGGUUUUGGAGGGUCCCGAGGCUUUGGGGGCUCCUUUGGCCUGGGGGGGGUCCAGGGCUACGGGGGCUCUCUGAGCUUGGGGGGCUAUGGCGGGUCCCAGGGCUACAGGAGCUCCUUUGGCCUGGGGGGCUAUGGCGGGUCCCAGGGCUACAGGAGCUCCUUUGGCCUGGGGGGCUACGGUGGGUCCCAGGGCUACGGGAGCUCCUUUGGCCUGGGGGGCUAUGGCGGGUCCCUGGGCUAUGGGAGCUGCCUAGGUUAUGGGGAUGACUUGAGCUACGGGGGCUCCCUGGGCUACGGGGGCCUGUAUGGCUCUAGUGGCUUUGGCAAUUUUGGCAGGUCCUACAGCUCUGGCCUCUCCUCCUCUGGCAUGGGCUAUUGCCUCCCUGGUACCAGGUGGAGAAGGUCCCGCCGCGGUAGCUGUGGGUCUUUCUAA